AUGGAUAAGAAGACCUCUUCAACAACAGAACGAGCAGGUUCGUCAGGCCCUUCGUUACUCGACACGCCUUCAGCGCUGGAUCUGGUGUCUGGGUCAUCUUCGUUCGACAGUGAAACAUUACUCGAGAAAUACGCUACCCCUUCCACUGCCGUAAGCACCGUCCGAUCAACGUACCGCAACUGGGUGGGUCCAUGGAGUAUCUCGUCGGAUACGUCGUGCUACCGUGAAGCCCACAUCAUGGACGUUUGCCCAAGCAACUUUGAUCGUAACGAACUUACAAAUACCUGCUGGACCGAAUGCCCCCUGGAAUUUCCUCUCGAAUGUGGCAUGGAGUGUGCCCGACAGAACACUGACUGUGGUCUCGAAGUCGCAAGCAAGGUCUCAGCGUUGGCCAUGGCAGUGCUGGGUACUGCUACAUUUGGAGUGAUCGGUGAGAUGGUAAAAUUGGGCAAGAAGUUGACUUGGGCCGUCAAGUGCACGAAUCAGUUGCUGCUGGUGAUGAGAGGUAUCAUCAGGUAUGUCCGUAACGUCAAGACUGAAGACCCGCAGGCGUCCCAGGAUAAGCUGCUGCUCAUGCUGUAUCAGACCAACAACGUCGUGACCGAUUUACCCAUGGUCAUUUAUGCAUGUAUGGGCAAAAACAUCCCUUCAAACCUCCGACUCACGCAGAUUGUGUUGGCUACGGCCCAGUGGAUGCUGCUACAAGCGCUUACUUACGACGAUGAUAUUAUUUCGAGCUGGCAGCGAUUCCGAGCGUUCAUGAAAGGCGCCAACUUCACGGAGGCAGCAGAAGAGAUCACGGAGGGCGAGAUUGCAUCGCUGGAGACAGCCAUGCAACAAAACUCGAGUUGCGCUGGCGACUUGAAGUCUUUGACCGACCGUGUCUGGAUGACCGUCAACGAGUACCGAGAAGACAACCCAGGUAUCUCGGAUGACGAGCUUCGUCUGAAGAUCAGCGAGUCCGACCUUGUGCUCUAUGACGUCGCCAUCGUCACCAACAACUGCAUGCACCAACUGAUCUCCGAAUCCAGCGUCGAAACUGCCUACAAGACUCGUGAAGCGCUUCGAAAGACUUUCGGAGUCAUCAUCAACGACCUGAUCAAGUCUGGUAAAAGUGACAACGGUACGUCACUAGACGAGAAAGCGGCCGCGUACAAGUGGAUCGACAUGGGUCUGUCCACAAUUUCCGCUUCGAUGAUCGACCCGACCGAUAUCGCGACGCUGCUGUCCGAGUAUAUUCAGACCAUUUGUGGCCCCACGCAGUUCAUGGGUGAGAUCGACGACGGUACGGAAGACGCGACACUGGGCUUGAAUACCCUGCAAAGAGCUUUCAAGGGUAGCUCGAGCUCAUGGACAAGAGUUGGUGAUGGCGCGGUAAUUAUCAACUUCACGAGUACCGAUACGAAAGACGUGUCGGUGAAUAUCAUGUCUGGGGGUGAUAAGAUCGAAGAGGUGGACGUUAAAGCUGGAGGCACUGCCCAGUGGACGUCGAAUAUCACUACACUUGGCGGUAAGACGCUGUACUUGGAUCGCUGGCGUCCUGGUUUCCUAGGGUUUCCAGGAACGGGAGGCGGAUCUCUCGUUUUGUGGGUACCUAGAGCGUCUCGAGGUGGCCAUCUAGAGCUAAACGUAAAGAUUAACGUCAGCUAGGAACUAAAGCA